UAUGUCUACACACACACAUAUAUACACUUGUGUGUAUAUAUAUACAUACACAUGUACAUGUGUAUGUAUAUACAAGUGUGUGUACAUAUUCACUUGUAUACACACUUGUAUAUAUACACGUAUAUACACUUGUGUAUACACACGCAUAUCAUAUAUGUGUGUAUAUAU